UGUGUUUCAUAUCACCUCAGCAAAAGAGCAGCAUAUAUUUGGCUUCGAAGCUCGUUAAAAACUAUAUAUUGGCCAGAUAUUUCCUUGUGGUUUAUUAAUUUUGGAAGAAAGCAUUUUAUUAACAAGAUGAAAUACGCAGUUGUAUACUGGAUAGCAACAAACGAAACGAGUUGUUUUGGAAGACAGUUGUGUUCGAGAUGCCAACUACUUAGGGGCGACAUCCAUACUCAAACUGCCACGCAAAACGUCAUUUUGACGUUUUGAGUGGGUGGGUGGGUUUUCGAGAGUCAAUUUGACGUUUUGCGUGGCAGUUUGAAUUUUUUUAAAUCAGAAAAUAUUGAACACAUGUGCAGAGAUGAUUUUGGAUGUAUAUGUAGAAGUUAACUUGAAGUAUUUGUGUAUAUCACUGUACCAAAGGCUUUAAAACACGUUGUCAGUUUUCGCGAAAAUACGAAAAAUAUUUAAUAAUUUAUAUCGAUUUAAAACUACAUAGGCAUUGAUUUGAAGCAUUAUUACUCACUGGUAACACCUUUGAGGUCUCCCUUUAUUUUUAAUAACAAUAUACACUUGACGUUUUCAGCACUGGGUGGGUGGGUCAAAACGAAAACGUCAAAAUGACGUUUUGCGUGGCAAUGUGAGUAUGGAUGUCGCCCCUUACAAAUGCAAAUCCGAUUAUAUUAAGAAGGGGAUGAUAUAACUGCCAAGGGAAAAGAAGGCCCAAAAGGCGAUUGGAAAGUCUAUACAGCUCGUGUUUGUAUCUGUUCAUGGUAAGUUGUAUUAUAUCAUCAAGUUAAACUAUUAAAGUUCAGUUUGUAGCCAUGCUGUCCCAAUUCCGUUGUAUUAACUUGCCUCAAUAUUGAACAUUGCUAUUUGCAAAAUAUAUUUUUAUUAAAAAAUCCCCUCUCUAGAAACGCGUAUUGAGGCAAUAGUAAGUGAGAACGACUUCCUUUCCCUAGCCUGUGAACAGCUAGACAUUACUCUCAACGAAGAGCGCAAGUAUGGAACGCCAUGUGUUCAAAAAUUACUUAACGUUUAUGCACCUGUCAAUUGUAACACCCACCCCCCAACCUCGGGGAAAUGUGGGCACAUAGAUUUUUAAUAUAUCUAUAGUUAUCUAUUGUCCCACCCCCUGAGGCAGGCUGACCUGACUAAUCUUGUCAAAUCCCCCAACCCAUGGCCAGGGGGAAAAAUUUGAAAUGUUUUAUUGAACAAAGAUUUUUAUUUUCAAAAUAAAAGUAAUAUCAGUGAUGUACAUGAAAAAUAUGCAAAUUAUUGCAAAUAAUAUUGCUAUUCUGUGAGAAAAUAGAUUGGCUACUGAACAUGUAAUAAUCUAUUUUGUCACUAUAGAGUAAAAGAAACAGAAUAUAGAACUUUUAUGUACAAACAAAAAAUGACCUGUGGCACAACUAAAAUUGACUUUAAUUAAUUUAAAAAGAUCAGGCUCAGGCUCAACAGUACAAUCUUAGGGGCUGUUUAUAUGAGAGGCGGAACGGGACGUUUUGCCGGGACGAUUUAUACAUCCCGGUUGGGAGCUGCUUACAUGAUCCCGCUUUGCCGGGACGAGAUCAGUGUGGAUUAUAACGAUUUCGCUUUGGUCGGACAAAUGUCCGAUCAACUGGUCAGUUGGUCGGACAUUUGCCAAGAAUGGUCGGACAACUUUCUUAAUAUUUUUUUACACGAUACUGCAUGAGAUAACUUUAGAAACAUUUAUAUCGAUGAAAGUUAAUACAAAAUAUGAAAUCACAAACGUCAUACAUCUCUAUUUACAUGGAAAUGUCCUAUAUAGAAACCUGCAAAGUUACAACAAGUGUACGCUGCCACACACAGAUACACCGCACUCGAUUCGAGGACGCAGCUCUGGCGCGAGUUUUAAAUCUUAAUAAAACUGUUAAUUUGUUAUAUUAGAACAUUUCGCUACAAAAAAAUUGUAGAAAAUUUAAAUCAGGAGCAGAGUUCCUCGCCUAUCGGUGACGGUAUAGGCCUUAAAGCCUAGAUUGUCUAUACGGGCAAAUUUUCUUUGCCAAGUUUUACUUUAACAAGUUUUAUUUGCCGGUGUGUGAUGGAGAAGUGUGGCAACAAAUAAACUUGUCGAAGAAAAACGUACUUGCAACAUUUCUCCAUACACACAGGCAAAUAAAACUUGUCACAGCUUGACAGCUAACCUUAGCAAAGAAAAUUUGCUGGUGUACAGUAAAAGAGGCCUAACUGUAUGCAUAAGUGAAAUGGCCAAUCUUAACUCUUUGUAACUCUUAACUCGUUCUAUAGGAGAUAGAACAUAACGGCUGGAAUAUAAACGUCUUUGUGUAAAGUACUGUGCAUAAACACAACAGGUUCUACUUUUAAGAAAUUUAAAAUUCGAUUAUAUCGUUGGAAUUCAUUCGUCUGACUCAUCACUGUUGCCAAACCAAGUAUCCCAGUCACUUAGUGACAGAGAUAGUUCACUUUCCGAUUCUUCUUCAUCUGUUCCAGGUCUUCGGGAGGCGUACGGCCUCCGAGCACUUUGAUUGGGUCUUUGUGCAGUCUUGCAAUCUUCCCACCAGGCUUUCACUGCUUGGUCUGCAGAAAAUCUUUCAAGAGAGGGACCUUCGACAUAUCUCCAUUAGGUCACUAAGCGUCUCACAAGUAAGCCUCGUUCUGCGGUCAGUCUUGAUAAGUUUCAGGGAGGAGAACAUUCUUUCCACACUGCCAUUCGAAAAGGGAAGGCUGAAGCACAAUUCACAAAGGACAAGGACAUCUUUCCAACUACUGCUAUCGGAACAAAUAUGGAGAUUGUACCAUACUUUGUGGUACUUUUCUAUCUCAAUUGACAAGUAUUGUCGGGCGUAUUCGACUACCUCUUCCAUUUCAUCUUGUAGACCGAGAAGAUUCACGCCUGAAGCUUGCAGUGGCUCUUUGAACGUUGUUGCGAUCAGUUCUACUGCAGCUAAAACUUCACUUAAUGCCUUGUCCUCAGGAGAGUUCGCUGAAUCAGACUGCUGAGAUUCGCUUUCCUGGUUUGCUGGGAUGAUGUAGCGCCAAGUUUGGGUGUCCAAGAAAACCAGGAUUGCUCGCAGAAGCUUCAUAUUUGACCAUUCAAGCCUUUCUCGCAUAUUUUCUUCAAGUCGACGUACAUCAGCCAAAGCCUGAUUCUUGCAAGAUUCGAGUAUUUCCUCAUCAACUCUCUUCAGAGUGGCUCCUUGGUAUUCAUUGCCAUUCUUAAUCCUGUUACGAACAAUCUUCACAGUCGGCCAUUGGAGUGGGUCAGCAUCGGUUAGAUUCUUCAAUGCUUUCUUCGAUUUCACGAUAUUCUGAAGUCCCAGCACGAUGUCUAACUUUUCUGCUUGCAGUGCCUUGCUGAGUAUAGAUGGCGCCUUUAGAACAUCCACGUACAAAGCGCACCCCAUGAGCAUUUUUCCUUGCUACCACUUCACAAGAAACCCUUUCUGCGCUGCUGACUGAACUAUCUUCUACCAAGGUCAUUAAGUGAGACAUGUAUGCGCCAUAGCGUUCAAUAAUUCUCUGCAGUGCUUGUCGUUUGUGCGAAAUCCAGCGGCUACCUUCGGAACGAAGCGGCGUAUCUCCACUUUCCGGGAACUCGAACACCUGCUUCAGGUCGCUGACAAGAUCAGUCAGCUCUCUGAGUUUUUUGGGCGACCUGGAGUAAAGGCUGUACAAAUGAAGCAGCAUUUCGGAUGCGCUCUUGAAAAGGUUGCUUGUGAAAGAAUCUUUGCAGGCGAGCUCCAAUCUAUGAGCAUAGCACCAACUCCAGAAAAGCCACGGGAGUUCUCGCUGCAUUUUGCCUCUCAUUCCAUUUUGACUCGCGACGUUAACUGAAGCUCCAUCGGUGGCACCACCUACAAGGAUUGGUUUGGUCUCCAACACACUGGUCUUGCUUAAUACACUGUUUUCCCCAGGUGCCGAUGGACCAAUAGCACCCACUGCUUUCUGGAGGCAUCCAAUCAGCCCGUCCGCGUCGGCUUUCGCUGGCACUUCAAGGCUAAAAUACCUAGCAAAAGUUCCCACUUCACCGGCUGUAUCAUCUUAUUGAAAGCCCAUGAUGACGAUGAGUUCGUCUUCAACGUUACCAGCAUCAGUUGUGCCAUCCAUUAGAAAGCUGUAAAAGUGCAUGGUUGACAGCGUGUUAAUGAAAGUAGUGCGUUGGCUUUCUGCUAUGUAAUGAGAAAAUGAUUUGGCAGAAUCUUUCGUGGUGUAUGACUGCCCUAAAUCAACCCCAUGACGACUCUCUAGUUGGUGAAUUGCAGGGUACUUGCGGAAUGCCAGGUUUUCUUUAGCAAGGACAUAGCAAAUGUCAAACUUUUUGCACAUCUCUUCCUGCAGCGGUUUUUCCAUAGAUAACAUGCUUCGUGCAAUCGGAGCGUAUGACGUGAUUGGAGUAUUCGUGGCUUUAGCUUGCUCAGUUCGUAGCAAGGACAUCGAUAGCUUGUGCUGAUCACAUCGCGCAUGAUCAAUCACAUUACAUAACUUCUGGUUAGCGGUCCCAACGAUCCAUGCAGCCGAAAAGUUCUUCACCCCACGUAUAUUGUUUUCGAAUUUUCUGCAUGCCUGGCACCAAAGACUUGUGACGUGACUUUGUUGUUUGUCACAACGAAGCCAAGAAAUCGUUUUGUGUUCUUUCUCUUCCUGCUUUUGCCACUUCAGAAAGGUUGCUACUGACACCUUUCUCUUAGGUUUCUUAGCCUGAUUGCCUGAACCGCUAGCUGAAACGUCGCUUGAUCGCUUGGACGCCAUAUGAAUAUUUCAUAUUUUAAAAGUGCUAUUUUAGUAUUUAGCAUAUAAACAUUGCAAUAUUUUAUUUUAUAUUUGAAGUUAAACUUUGAACUUUGCAUGAUUUGCACGUGUUUCAGGCUUAAGCACGUGUUUCUACACGCGCGAAAGGAUGGCGCAACAUCUGAAAGAGGCUGGGUUUGAUAAUUAAAUAUUCAAAAUGGCGAUCACUACAACAACAACAACAAAAUAUUGAAGUCAUUGAAAUGCAGCAUCUCGAACAAUAAAAGAACUAAAACAGUAAAAGAAAAUACCAGUUUUCUUUGUAUAAUUUUUCCUUCUUAAAUUGUAAUAAUCAACUAUCAAGUGAUGAAAUUUUAGUAAUGGAAUCUUUGUAUAUAUUUGAUCGGUCAAAAUGUCCGACCAGAAUAAAGUUGAUCGGCCAUUUGUUGUUUUUGUUCGGCAAAUGGCCGAUUGCCGACCGUUAUAAUCCACACUGGACGAGAUGUGAGGCGGCGAUGAUUUUGACGUAUUGAAAUAAGUCACAGCGCACGAUUUAGCAAAAUCACAUUAUUUUUCUAGUGAUAGAUUACUGAGUAUAAUUGUAAACGAAAGGUUGUUGAAGCAGCAAGAAUAAUCUUCUUGAACUACGAGAUCUUCUCUGACAACAUUUGAGUUUUUUUAACCGGUGUUUGACCGUUUGUUUAAGCCUAGUCAUGUAUUUCAAUACACCAAAAUUAUCCCACCUUCCAUCUCGUCCCGGCAACAAUUAAGUAUUUACAUGGAAGAAAACGUCCCGGUUGAGGGGGAUCCCGGUUGCACAAACCGGGAUCCCGCUUGCCUGGGACGGGACGAAAAACGUCCCGCUUCCAAAUAAACAUCUGGUGAUAAAUAUAAUAGAAAUUUAUACAAGCCGGGAUCCCGUUCAUCGUUCCGUCCCAGCAAACGUCCCGUCCCGGCAAACGUCCCGUCCCGCCUCACAUAUAAAUAGCCUCCAGCGGGCUGUAUACAUUCCCACAUAAAUGCCCCACAUACCCAGGUCGGGGAUCCAUAAGAAGAGAAUCCCCCACCUAGUCAGGCAUAACUAAGAGUCAAAAGAGGGAAAACGCACCACAUGUCCCCACCUUUCUCUGAGGUUGAGGGGUGGGUGUUACAACUGACAAUUGCACAAUUAUAUCAUAUCAUGACCAAAACUGUCAUUAUAUGUAAAUAAUGGAUAAACGAACCGACAUUAUAUCAAAUCAUUACUUAUUCGUUUUUGUUGUUAUUUGAUAUACUGUUAUUGACAUUAAGCUAGCAUUAUAUCAUCUCAUGAAUUUCCGAAAAGUCAUGAUAUUAUAUGAUAUAAAAUUUUGACAAAAUCAUUAUAUAAUGUCAUUAGCAUUUGUGUAAAUCCUGAUUUGAUAUAAUGCUAAUGUGUUACACUAUGAUAUCAAAUAAUGACUUUUCAGUUGAUUCAUGAUAUGAUAUAACGUAAAAGAAUUUUUUCAUUAUAUCACAUAAUGAAACUGCGCCGAAAAUUCAUUAUUUGACAUAACGCAAUAGUGUAGUGCACCAAUAUCCAAAAAUCAAUUAGCCUUAUAAUAAUUCAAACUUCCGGUAACUCAAAACCUCCGGUUCAUGGGCCGAAGGCACCGAACAUGUACAAAAUAAUGAACCCUGUUACAAACAAAUCUCUUCGAUUACGAUUGAUUUUUUCCGUUUUGCAUUUUCAACAGCUAAGAAUCCUGCUAAAAACGCUGAAUUAUGGGGAGUGGCGAACAUGGCUGUAGGGGUCAAAACUUCAGUAUUAUGGCUGGGGGGGGGGAGCUUGUUCUGCCCGACCAAGAAGGUGUGACUGAAGUCGUCAUUUCAAUCCUGAUUACAGUUUCUUUUCCCAAAAUUGUUGGCUUGCGGACAUAGCAUUUUCCUACAGUACAACUAUUUUGUUUCAAUCCGAGACACUCAAAUAUUUUCAAAAUUUUCCCAAUGAAAUUGUAUGGACAUACCUGACAACAUAGAGACUGGAGGUGUUUGACACCUUCUCCACACACACACUCAUGGUAGUUUUGCCCCUGUGUGGCUAGGAAGAAGCAAUAAGUAGCCCGGCUUUGAAUGCGACUAGUAUAAAUUCAAGUUCAAACAUUAUAAACUAGGUGUGUGUAUAUGACCUACACAGUGUUUCAUAUAAGUACAAUCUCAUUCCCCGAGCAUGCCCGUUCGAUUGGCCAGCAGCAGAUAGUACGGUGGAUUUCCAACGUGAGUUCUACACAUGCUCGGCAAUUGUUGCAAAUUAUAAACAAAUUAUUUAGAAUUUCUCAUCGAAAAUUUGAUACUUUUUACACUGAAACCGAUUGAAAACAACUAAAAAUUUUGGGGGGAAAUAUGCACGAAAGCUUCGGAUUGAUAGCAAUACAACUACCUGAAAAAUACAAGGAGAACUUCGACUCAGGCCUUAAAAUAUCGGUUGGUCGCGGACAUUGUCCGACCCAUUCGUGAAAUUGUCCGACGUAAAGAGGAAACCACCGGACAUUCUGUCCGACCUAAGUGAAACUGAGGUUUAUUGUUUGUCCGACCCGAGUGUAUUGGUGUCCGACCGAACUGUACCUUUGUCGAGCGUAAGGUAAAUCAAAAUUGAAAUUGUCCGACGUAAAGAGGAAACCACCGGACAUUUUGUCCGACCUAAGUGAAACUGAGGUUUAUUGUUUGUCCGACCCGAGUGUAUUGGUGUCCGACCGAACUGUAGAUUUGUCGAUCGUACAGUAAAUCAAAAUGUACCCUAGUCCAGGACUAGAGGCUCGCAUGCUAAAUGGAGAAUCAGAGUAGUGCAUAAAAAGUGAACUGGAAAUGUUGUUUUAAAAUUAACGUAAUCGAGGAUGGGACGGCGAACGAAAUGGUGAAAGUAUAAAAUGGGCUUAAGUUUUCGAACUCUUACUGCUGUUCUUGGCAAGCAAGUUAAUUUUGGCUUGGAAAUUAACGGGUCCACAACAUUUGCCUUUCAGAAUUACUACAUUGUGCUGAUACUAAUUCAGUUGUGUCAUUCAGACUUAUUCCCGAGCCAAACUGAACUGAAGGUCAUCGGACAUCAUCAUACAUAUAUCCGACCCAAACUCAAAGUCAUCGGACAUUUUGUCAGACGGCCAUGUAAAAGAUAUUUUAAGGCCUGACCUCGACUUUUCGAACGAAGGCGCUUCGACUUGUACUGUUAGUGUUUGUAUAUAUCGUACAUGACCUUUACUGACAAAUAUAAUCUCCUCAAGAAUGAGAGAAUGUUUGCUGUGAAGUGUGGACCCUGCUGUUGAUGUAUUUAAAAUUGGACUAAAUGUUUAAAUUUCCUUGACAUUGGAUUAUUGACGUUGCUCUCAAAUACUAUGUAUGUGCUUUAAAUUUAAUUUUACUUUCCUAUCGGAAUUUAUGGUGUACGUAGUGUUAGGUCCACACUUCACAGCAAACAUUUUCUCAUUCUUGAGAAGAUUAAUAUAUUUAUCAUGAAUACCAACAGUAUAAAAGAUCAAAUACGAUGUAUGGAAACACUAACAGUACAAGACUACAAGUCGAAGCGCCUUCGCUUGAAACGUCGAAGUUCUCCUUGUAUUUUUCAGGUAGUUGUAUUCCUAUCAAUCCGAAGCUUUCCCACAUAUUUCCUCCAAGAAUUAUUAGUUGUUUUCAAUCGGUUUCAGUGUAAAAAGUAUCAAAUUUUCGAGGAGAAAUUCUAAAUACUUUGUUUAUAUUUUGCAACAAUUGUCGAGCAUGCGUAGAACUCACGUUGGAAAUUCAACGUGAAUCAAUUCGAUUUCUCCAGAGCUAUGCCCACCCUUAACCUGCGAACGACCAUGCUCGGGGAACGAGAUUGAUAUAAGUACUGAGGCAUUAAGUUUCAACUUGAUGAAUAUUUAUCAAUAUCUUAUUUUACAUGAAAGCCAUAGAGAAUUAUACUCAGAAGAGCAGCUGGGCUAUUCCUAUAAAUAAUGGUGGUGGCAACCAUAAUGAAACUAAUAAUAAUAAUAUAAUAGCCACUCACCGCGUUUUGACCUUUUGGCAGGCGGCAAACUCUGCGAACGGCUUGCUCCACCAAAUAUUGAGGGCAGUGCUGUUUGCUCUGGUUGUUCUAUGUUUAUAUUACGGUUGCCACAACGGUUGUUUAUAGCUGAGUACAAUUUUCUGCGGCCUUUAUGUAAGAGUAUUGUCUGCGGCCUUUAAGUAAGAUAUUGAUAAAUAUUCAUAAAGGUGAAGCUUAAUGCCUCAGUACUUAUAUGAAACACUAUGUAGGUCAUACACACCUGGUUUAUAACGUUUUGAACUUCAACUUGUGUUAGGGCGCAAUUCCAAUCCUCGCACGAAGCUCCUCGCAACUCGGCUGCGAGUGCAUGCAUGAGCACUUUCAUCCAAUCACAAUGCUUAGGAGUUAAUUUUAAUUAGAUGCAAGCGAGCUGCGAGUAGCUUCGUGCGAGGACUGGAAUUACGCCUUUAGUCGCGUUUGAUGCCGGCGGCGAGAAUUGGUUUGGUGUGGACGCUUCUUUGUCUGUCAGUACGGACCUAACUGCUCCUUGCACGGCUCUAGUCAUUGCUUAAUCGUAAUCAAAGAGAUUUGUUCGUAAUCGGGGAAUCCAGAACUGAUAAGACGGGGAUAUUGGUGUGCUUGUUGGAAAACGCAUUCGCUACUGUAUACAAUGCGAAUCAGUUGUCAUAAAUAACUUAUGCUUAUGGUAUAUUAUAGAUUAUAACAGCGCUGUGCACAUAUGUGAUUGUAAUAACAUUUAUUAUAUAAAGUAUAGUGGUUUAUAGAGAUUUCGAGAUGUGAUAAAAGUGAUAAUCUUACACGUGAGGUUAUUUAUGAUAAUCUCACAUGUGAAAAUUAUCGCUUUUCAAUUUUCGCUCUUCUGUAAAAAUUAUCGCUUUUCAAAGACUGUCCUUUAUAUAAUAAACAGAAAAUACAUGGGUGCCUGGAAAUACCACUCGUUCGCUGCGCUCACUUGUGAGAUAUCAUGUUUAACACUCGAAAUAAAUCUGGUAUUUCCGCGUACCCAUAUAUUAUUCUCUAUAUAAUUUUAUUAAUUUCAAUUAGACAUUAGCGUCUAUAGAAUUUUGUUCCAACGCGCAAGUUUUUUGAAUUAAUAGACUGUAAAAUGCAUGCAUCUUACACGAAACGGGAUAACAUUAAACUAAAGACACGCUUUAUAUGGUAAAUAUUAAUUUUAGUCAAAGGGGCGCAAUUCGGCGGCGGCGACUCGAUAUGUUUUUAGUUUUCAUUCACGGAUACUUUGCAAUCCCAAAUUACUUACAGUAGUUUAAAAUUAACAUAUUUUUGAUUAUUUUUUAACAACUAAAAAUCGCGCAGAUUUGGUUUAAGCGGAUGUUGGAGUUUUUAGACUGCACAGCAAUGUCUUAAAGUAUCCGUGAAUGAAAACCGUACCUCGUCGCCGUCGAAUUGCGCCCCGUUCGCUUUAAUAUUUAACAUAUAAAGCGUGGGCUAUUAGUGUUAUCCCGUUUCCUGUGUGAUGCAUGCAUUUUGCAGUCUGUUAAUCCAAAAAAUUUGCGCGUUGGAACAAAAUUCUAUAGACACUAAUGUCUAAUUGAAAUUAAUAAAAUUAUAUGUUAUUAAAAUCACAUAUGUGCACAGCGCUGUUAUACAUAUAUAAUAUAACAUCAGCUAUAUAGUAAGUCAACUGAUCCGCAGUGUAUAAUGUAUGUUCAUCGUCUGUAUUAUUCUAAACAAAGUAUCAAAUGUGUUUUCCAACAAGCACACUAAUAUCCCCGUCUUCUCAGUUCUGGAUUCCCGGAUUCCCCGAAUCCCGGAUUCCCCAAUUCCCGGAUUCCCCAUUCCCUGUUUUAAAGAUAGCCAUUUAAAUAUGUUUGGCACCUUCGGCCCAUGAAUCGGACGUUUUGGGUUACAGGUGUGACGCGAAAUUCCUGACUUGCGAAAUAUCUGACUAUUGUAGUAGAACUGCCCAUGCGCAGACGAUGCGCAUGAAUUACUUUGGUUCAUAAAUUUCGCAACUCAACAGACAACACGUGUAUUUAUAAAGUCAUUUUGUUGGAUAAUAUGUAUACAUAAACUUUCAAACAUCAAUUCUGCAAUUGAUCAACUGAAUUGACACUAUACCACUGACUGUGAACGUUGGCGUUCAGCGAUAAUAGAGCUUGAAUCUAAAAUCUGCGAAUGGAAAAAGUCAGUCGAAAAGCGCUGUUAGUGAUAUAAAAUAGACUCCAGUUUCAAAGGUGAUGCUAUAUGAAUUACUUUUAGCACCAAAAAUUGUUUCGCGUUUGACCUUCUCAAUAUUUAGUAAGCAGCAGCAAUGAGUUCGAUUUAGAUUUGGCUAUGUGUAUACUGUAUUAGAAACACUUGAUAACAUCGCAUAUGGACUUAAAAAUCAUUUCGCCCGACCGUAUUUAGGAAACGUCGUGUAUUUCGUGGUCACGACCACACAAUUGGCUUUGAAAUUUAUGUGAUGUCGAUUUGAAAUAUUUAACGAAGUAUUAGAAAUUAACAUCGAUCAUGAUUAUUUUAUCUAAUCUUCAAUUAAAAAACGGUUUUGGCGGACUUAAAAUUUAGCAAGCGUCAUAUAUUCUGACCCGUCACGUUUGGUCAGGUAUUUCGCGGAGGUCAAGAAUUUUGCUUGACACCGGAAGUUUGAAUUAUCAUAAGGCUACAAUUAGCCUUAUAAUGGACAGUUUUAAUUUUUGGACAGAUGGCGCACUACAGUGUACGUUAUUGCAUUAUAUCAAAUAAUGAAUUUUCGGCGCUGUUUCACUAUAUGAUAUAAUGAAAAAGUUCUUUUACAUUACAGCUAAUUCAAAAAAGGUUGUCCGUCGAAAACUCAAAACCGUGAACGUUAAACUAUGAGCGCGCAAUGCAUCAUGGGAAUCGACGGUUGCAAUUGAUCAACUGAAUUGACACUAUACCACUGACUGUGAACGUUGGCGUUCACAUUAAUUAGCUAUUGCAUGACCACAGGAGUGAAGGUAAUUGUAAAAAUGUCGCGUGCGUAUAGCCAAGACUUACGACGGGGAGCAAUUUGGUUGACCGAAAUCUUGGGCUUUCAAAUCGACGAAUUGAGCAUCUUACUACAAAUGUUAACGAAAACGAUUUCUCGAUAUAUGCGACUGAAAUUUCGGCUCGUUAUCUUGGUGGUUUUGCUACAGCCCCCAGAGAAAACCCUAUCUGAAAUACUGCAGAAUGCAAAGUGAAUGCGACGAAUUCCCAAUGUCAGCGAAUUCCUAGUUUGGUAUGAAAUUUGAAUGUAUAGGUAAAAUGCAAAUGCAAGCCCAAAGAGGUGAACCCUUUGAAAUCACAUGGCAAUUAGUUAGAACUAAUUUCAAUAUCAUACCAAACGAAUAUUUUGCUGGUAAAAUUGAUCUCGCGUCAUUCUAGUGUAUAAUAAAUUAGGAGUCCUGCAUCUAAGGACGAAAACGGACCUAUAUUCAUUUAUGCAAUGUUCGUUCGUCAAAAUCCAAGAUCUGAUUGGUUAUGUUAGUGAAUAUAUGCUAAUGACACCUAAACCCACUUAUAAAGCAACUUAUGUAUGGGGAUUGUUUGUUAUGAUAUGGAUGAAAAUCAAAUUAUUGCUUGCCUCUGCAAAUUCCAUUGCCGGGCCGGUAUUAUACUGUAUAGGUGCACAGAAAGCGAGUAUACAAGUAUCUAGCUGGAGUGUACUGUAUAGUAAAUAUAUGAUAACUUGAAACAGUAUAGUGUUUUUCUCAGAUUGUGUUUGCCAGCAUUUUUGCUGUUUUUGCAUCCAACUGAUGCACAAUCUGUUACUAUAGGUGGGUUUCACUAAGUGUUCUACAGCAUGGGGAAACACAACUUUACAUGCAUGUAUUCAAGAAUUAUACCUACAUUACAUCGGGGGGGCUUGUCAUAGUCGUAUGAGCGACUACAUGUAUGUACGUAACGGUAAAUCGCGUGUAUUUGCAACCAUAGAGAAAAUAACCGAAACACAACUGCGUUUCUUUUUAGAGUUGAUUAAGUGCAGAAAUCUCCUAUUGACAGAUAGUUCAAGGCAAAUUGUAUUAUUGCCAGCUAGUCUACAACUACAAAUCGGUAUACCAUUAUUGUGACUUUGUCUUUGGACUUUAGAUAUAUGUAUGCAAUGACAUUGUAUGUUGUUAGUAUUGCUACCUAUAUGCAAUCCAAUGGCAGUAUAAUUAUAGCGGGUAAAGCAAUUAUUAAAUGCAAACGAUUUUGAUAGUUUAAAUAUUUCCACUAAUUCAUUGUACAUUGCCCUUAGCAUUGCCCUAUUCAUAUAAAGAUUAUUGCGGAUUUACGAGAUGUAUGAAUUCUCUUCUGGCUUGCGCCGUCAUGACUGAUCGAAGUCUGCAAAACAUCAACUAAUAAACUGUAUACAUGCAUGAAGUCAUUCAGUCACAUAUCUUUCUAUGUCUGAGAAGAGCGCGUGGGGAACCCGUCUUCUCUUUGAAUCUUUCCACGGGAAAUAAUUGCGUAUAUGAGUAUAACUAUUCGCUACGAUCCAUCGAGCUAUAAGUUUCAAGUUUGAAAGACCUGCGUUAAACAUGCAUGUAGCGACAUUCAAUUUAUUCAAGAUCCCGUUCAGUCACACUCAAUAACAACAAAGUAUUUUGUCUAACCAUGCAAAUUCAAAAGCAGCAACCAGUAGGAUUCAGCGAUUUUGCUUAUGCUUACGUAUCGAUAAUGAUAUUAAUGAGGCCAUAAGUCCACCGAUAACAGUCUGCGGAUAACAGUCGUGUCUAACAUUCGAAUUUCGCAAAUAUCGGGAAAUCAUUUUUUUUAAUUGACAUCGGUAAAAAGAUACUCACUUCAUCGAUUUGAAAGUAUAAUUCAGUUUCGGUCAACCAAAUUGCUAUCCAUCGUAAAUCCUGACUGUACCAUGGAUAGUUAAGAGAGUUAAAUGUCUUUUAGUUAUCCAUGGCUAUCCGCACGCCGCAUUUUGACAACACGGCCCUGUUUAUACGUCGCUCUGUGUAGAGUCAAAUGUAUUUCUCCCGACAAUCGAUGUACAAAUAUAUUGUUAAUUAAGGCCGCGUUUACACUAUGGCGCUACGGAUAACAACUCCGUUAAAAAUUUACUACGUUUCUAGUGUGAGACUGUAUUGUGUUUACACUAUAACGGAGUGGUUUGUCGUAGAGUACUAACAACGCGGACCACUACAUUUUCCACUCUGAAUACAAAUCAAUUUCGUUAAAAAUUCACUGCGUUUCUCAAUAUUGUGUUUACACUAUAACGGAGUGGUAUGUUCGGCCCUACGCUACGCCUAUCACUACGCUAUGGUAUAUUUGCCGUAUGGUAAUAGACUCAAAGUGUAAACGUGGCUUAUAUCUGUGACAAGCUCGUAAUAUUACAAUGUAUGUACGACGAUCUUUGGAUGGAUUUUUUGUAUAUCUUUUCUGGCAAAAAUUGAAUUUGACCCGACACAAGAGCGACGUAUAAACAGGGCCUUGACAUUCACUCCUAGUCUCCUAUACUGUAAUACUGAGUUUUCGACGGACAACCUUUUUUAAAUUAGCUGUAUACCAUAUCAUGAAUCAACUGGAAAGUCAGUAUUGGAUAUCAUUGUGUAACGCGUUAGCAUUAUUUCAAAUCAUGACUUACACAAAUGCUUAUGAUAUCAUAUAAUGAAUUUGUCGAAAUGACAUGCUAUCAUAUUACUUUUCGGAAAUUCAUGAUCAUUUGAUCAGUACAAAAACGAAUAAGUCAUGAUUUGAUAUAACGCCUGUUCGUUUAUCAAUUAUUUAUAUAUAAUGACAGUUUGGUCAUGAUAUGACAUAAUUAAGGUUAAAUAAUUGUUCGACACAUGGCGUUCCAUACGCGAGAGAACGUCUGUGAGUUGGAUGAAGAUUCCUUGUUCUGGUCACGUGGAUUUUCCUCUGAUUGGACAGUGCUUUAUUUGAAUAAUAUAUGACAAAUGAAGGUAUUUCAUUGGUUAAUUGAUAAUUCGCAUGCGUUUAAAAUAACGCAGCAGAUUAUAUUUUAAGUCUUUCAAACCUCUGGAUUUGUAUGCCCCGAUAUGUGCCCGAAGGGAACUUCAAUUCUUGAGGAAAUUUCCAGAGGGAAAUCUUUGAAUUUAAGAUUUUUGUGUUGUUAAUUUAACCCAUUAAGCUGCAUAGCUUCCCCAUUGACGAGUAAAAUCGUCUGGCGUUGGACAAGUAAAAUAAAUAAGUAGGGCGCACUGGGGCGCAUUACGGUUCAAUGGUUUGAACGUAUGCUAAUUAUCAAUUAACCAAUGAAAUACCUUCAUUUGUUAUAUAUUAUUCAAGUAAAGCACUGUCCAAUCAGAGGCCUUUCCACAAAUCUGUGGAAAAUCCAAGUGACCAGAACAAGAAUCUUCGUGCAACUCACAGACGUUCUCUCGCGCGCUUCAUUGAGAGUAACGUCUGUUCACAGGCUACCUUGCCCAUGAUAAAGAAGAUUUUGUGAGAAAUGAGGAUGGAAUUGGAAAGAGUAGGCUUUUUUUUUGGGGGGGGGUCGCAAAGCUGAGGUGUUACUAAUUAACACUUGCCCGGGGCAAGAGAAUAUCAUAACCAGCAAGUAAACGUUUUAUCCUGCUUGUCCGAUUGCCUUGUCACAAAAUGCUGGGAAUCUGCAAGUUUAUGUUUUCAUUGUCAGAUAAACUUUUCAUAGCGCAUUUACUUGAUUCAAAUUUUGUUUUUUGUUGGUCAAAACUAGAUAUGUGGCAGUAUAACUUAGCCAUAUAGAGCAGUGGGAGAGCGGAUGGACUUAUUGUUUCCUUAAUUUAUACCUCCUACCAAGGUAUCCCAGUGGCCAUUGCCUGAUGGCAAGUGAAUUUUGUUCAGGGCAACUAAUUUUUGUGUCCAACAUGCCUUGAGGGCAAGUGGUCAAAAAAGUAAAGUUACACCACUGUAUUAGGAAUGAAAUGCGGAGUGAUGGUAUUUCUGUGGGAUACGAUCGAUAUGAGACUCAAACAAAAAUGUUAUCUAUCUCUGGUCAUGAAUGCUGAUUCACUAUAUGUGCAAUCUCUUAACAGUGCUGCAAGAUAUACUUACCUUGCAUAUGUUUCAACACAUAUAACAUCUCAGUUUAUAUGUAUUUUAGACCAUUUUAGAAAGUUUUUAGACGACAACUUUGCUGGCAGUGUGCUACCUAAGCAUUCUUUGACAAUAAUGACAUAUUUUGAAAGACUGAUUGGUUAGAAUCUCUUCCUAGAUCUAGCAGUGAUGCUGAUCGAAGCAUUGAUGGACAAACGUGUAGUUAAAAGGCUGCACAAACUGUCAAAGAAUAUGGCGCCUAGCUGGUUCAAUUAUUCUGAUUCACCAAGUGCAUUUGGUUCUUUGAAACAAACCUCUGUACAUGUGCUCUCUACAAGACCCCCUCAGGGUUUACCUUCUGCCGGUAUAAAGAGGGAAUUAAUUAAUGCUCAUCAAACUGGUGUUCAUGCUCAAAACCCAAAGUGUCGCCUCAAGCCUUCAACCCCAACAGACCCAACCACAACUCUAAACCGAACUGCAACUCCAAAUCCGACCACAACUCCAAGCCCGACCACAACUGGAAUCUCGACCACAACUCCAAACCUGACCACAAUUCCAAAACCUAAAACCCCAUUUGAUAAUAUUACCACACCAGCUGAUGGAAAACCAGAAAACAACACACAGUCCACACAGAAUAGAAGCACACCUGAUGCCCAACUAGAGGAAAUAAAAAAAGAACUGCUAGUAAGUACUUAUUUUCUAAACUCAAAAAUCAUGUGCUUAUAGUUCUGAAGUACAUUCCAGGUUCCUUAAUUAACCAAAACUGUCAAAUUAAAUAGGUUUUAAAUCAACCACUUAGAACUAUUUCUAGGUCAGUUACUGUAUGUUUGAUUCAGGUCUUUUUCUAAUUUGAUGUAAUUGUGACCUAUGUAUCAAAGCUACAGAUUAAGGUGAAUUGGAUAAUUUGUCAAUCUGGCACUUGAGAAUGUUUAACCCAUUGAGCUGCAAUGCGCCCAAGUGCGCCCUACUUAUUUUUUUUACUUGUUUAACGCCAGACGAUUUUACUCGUCAGUUGGGAAGCUCCAACCUCGUUCCCAGGGCUUGCAUGUGAGGACGAGGAAAGCGACGAGAAAGUCCUGGGCCGAGCCAGCCAAUCUUGCGUUCUAAUUGGCCAACGCCAUGUUGUCUAAAAAUAGCAGAACUUGACAGUUGACAAUAACAAUUCAACAUAUCAAUUCAAUUUGGACAUAACAAUUUAACCCUAAAUAUUUUUAUGAUUGUUGUGUACGAGUAUAUUUUGCAAAAUAAUCUUUCAAAGUAAGGAGGUUUCAGUUUUCCCGACUGCAUGAUUUACUUUCGCCUCGGCCGGGUACAAAACUCAAAAUCCGUGAACUGUGAUGUUUCCUUACGAAACAAGAAACAUCUACUAUUAAGCUGUAGUUUUCCUUGUACAGCAUUUAUAAUGUACUAAUGUAGUGCAGAUGUAUGAUGAAAUACUACGCUUAUUGCGUUGUAGUAAUACUAUAAUUUACAAUAUUCUAUACUGACAAAUAAAAACAAGACAAACAAUUAAACGAAACUACUAAUUUAGACCCUGUUUGCUUAGCUCUACGCGCAGGUAUUACUGAGAUUAUACGAUAAAAUAAAUCAAAGAUUGUGAAGGGGAUAAAAUUAUAGUUGCCAAGCAUUCCCCCUGAACGGCAAGUGUUGGUGUCGAAUCCGUAAAUAUUUCGUGACUUUCCUGUACAGCGUCAGCAACGUUACGCGAGGUUUUAUAUUUGUGUUUAUUUUGAUCGAACUAAGUCUGAGAGCAUAUUCAAACUAAAUAUUAAAGGCAAUAGCUGUAUAGUUCAAGACGAGAGAAAGCAAAUCUUGUGUGAAUGUUUACUUGGAGACGCCUGUACGCAGCUAGGAAAUCAUGUCAGUCGAGAUACAGUUGUGCCUUUGGCUUUGCCUGUCACUGUGGUUGAAAAACGCCGGAAAAAAAGAUCGAUUAGAUCGAUGUCUUCAGAGAUUUCAGUUGAUUCGUGCCAAACUUCGCUGCACAUAAGUAAUAUCGAUUGAGAAGUGUUUUGCCUGUUUGUUUGUUUCGAAGACUUGUAUGUUUCAGUUAGGAAUAUCUCGCCACUCCUUGACAAGUAGCUGUCAAAUAUAUCGAUAUUUUGGGUGGUCACCCGACCGGUUCAUACCAGGGCUUUCUCGUCUCUGCUCUCGUCCUCACACGAAAGCCUUGGGAACGAAUUUGGGGGAAGCUCUGCAGCUUAAUGGGUUAACCAAAAAAUCUGGCAAUGUUCCCAGUUAACCCAUUGAGCUGCAAUGCUCCGAAACUGUGCCGUAAUUAUUUUUUUUACUUGUCUAACGCCAGACGAUUUACUCGUCAGUGCGGAAGCUCUGCAGUUUAAUGGGUUAAUCUUUCAAACAAACAUUACUGGUAUGGAAAGUAUUUAUGUGUGCAUUGGUUUUAUAGUUCAUGAACGCAUACAACUUGAUGAGAAAAUCUUGUCUGUCAAGAACAUAUUUCACAAUUCAUUACAUAAAGGGCAAAAUUACUCAAAUAUGAUUGGCUAAUAAGGACGGCAUUUUUUGUUCAUUCAGGGCAAAAUUAUUUGUACCUGAUUGCCUGAGAUGCAAGCGCGGGAAGUUUCUUGUUUUAAUUGCUUUAAUAGCAAUAAAAACAAUGGCUUCUCGCUUUGUCGUCGCGGAUAAUGAUGUUCUUGAAGAAUUAAAAACUUCUUGCGAAAAUUUAAACACUUGAAAAAGUACAGAUUUAUUGGUUGGAGCAUCUAAGAAAUGGGCAGCAUAUUAAUUAAGGAACAUCGGCGAAGACAUGGAGACAUACGAGGUUCAAGUACUUGACAAGUUCACAAUUAACUUACGAAUAAUUGCCCUCUGUGAUUAACAAGUAAUCGCAUAGUUCCUUGUAAAAUUAAGAUUUCAUUUCACAUGUGUUUUCAAAGUUUACGUGAAAUUAAACCUUAAUUAAUUUUGUCGGCCCCAUGCAUGCGAUUACCUAUACAUAUUUAGAGAUGUGUACAUUUUAUAAUGCAAUUACUUUAUUUCUUUUACUAGUCAAUGCUCACGCCAACUGCCUUAAACUGAGGUAGAUAGAGCGAAAAAUUAUUCAAAAUUAACAACGACCGUAUUGACUGCUAUGUUUGAUCGAGAAACAUUGCAAAAAUCAUCUUUAGCUGGGAAGAAAAAUAAUGGUGAACAACUUGAUCAAACUAAAGUUCAGGUGAUAAUAGGUAUGUUGAUGAUAAAACUGAUGUUUGACAUAAUAAUUAAUUAGUGGUAACUGGCAUCAUGACUCUCCCCUUUGACGAGUGAGAUUGUCUUGUGUUAAACAGGGUAAAGCAACAAAGUAAUGCGCACUUAUGCCAAUUGAUAUUAUUUUCUUUCUCAUUAGCGUAUGUGAGCCAUAUGUUUCCUGGAGCUGAAAACCGGCAAUAAGAAAUGCGAUAAGCCAGAAAGUAAAGGAUGAACGGAUGGCUUGUAAAAGAUGAACUUGCUAAGUGUUUUUAAAUAUUAAAUAGUUAAAAAUUAUGGAUAUAGGCUUUACUAGCAACUUUUAAUGAACCUUUUUGAAAUUCGUCACUCACGCUUUAAAUAGUAAGUGUACUAUAUAGCUAUAUAUAUUUCGACCAGUUUUUGGAAAUAGUAUUGUAAAUAGAUGUAUAACUAAUUAUAUUUAGCACUUGUAUACCAUAUAACCCCUUUUUUAUAUAGAUGUAUUAAAUUUUCAAUUUCCC